GAAAUAAGAACUUUGGCCUUGAUGGGACCCCCAGGACUUCCGGGUGUGGCUGGACCUCCAGGGCCACCAGGACAGAAGGGUGAAAUUGGCUUGCCAGGUCCUCCAGGCCAUGAUGGAGAAAAGGGACCACGUGGCAAGCCUGGAGAAAUGGGCCCCCCUGGCCCUCCUGGAUUGCCAGGAAAGGAUGGACCACCUGGAAUAAAGGGAGAGCCAGGCCAUACUGGAGCCACAGGAGAAAAGGGCGAUAAAGGAGAGCCGGGACAAGCCGGCUCACCAGUGAGUAAACUGAAGCCUCUUGGAGCACUGCUGGCUGUCCAGGUUAUGGGACAAGGCCCUGGGAUACCUCAGAGCCCCUCCAGGGGUCUUGAUGGCCCCACUGGAGAGAAGGGUGAACGAGGUGACCAAGGGAUGCCAGGACCACCAGGAUUGCCAGGUCCCAUCGGACUUCCAGGAUUGACAGGAGAGAAGGGCAAAACUGGGGAGCGUGGAGACAAAGGAAAUCCAGGAGAAUCGGGUCUUCCGGGCCUGCCAGGACCGAAGGGGGAAGCGGGGAUUGAUGGAGUGAAAGGAGAGAAGGGUGCCCAGGGUGAAAAAGGAGACAGAGGGCCACUGGGAUUACCCGGUACUCCAGGACCAAUUGGGGUUUCGGGACCAGCAGGACCAAAAGGAGAAAGGGGUAGUAAAGGAGAUCCUGGAGUUGUAGGACCAAUGGGGCCAGCAGGGCUUCCCGGUUUACAAGGUCUACCUGGUGACAAAGGAAUCCGGGGGGAGAGGGGCAAGAAAGGCUCUAGAGGGUCUAAAGGGGAUAAGGGAGACCAAGGAGCGCCUGGAUUAGAUGCACCCUGUCCGUUGGGGGAAGAUGGUCUUCCAGUUCAAGGCUGCUGGAAUAAGUGAUGAUUCUAACCCUGGACUGGCCUGUGUGUGUUAUUGUACAUAGAAUAUUUAUUUUUAUACAGUGUUCUCUGAAAUGCCAAAAGUUAUGCAUUUUUACAAAUUAUCAAAAAGCUGCAUAUUUUUUGUACAGAAAGUACUAGACCUCCCUUCUUCUCUGUUUGUCAGUUCUCUGUAUAAUUCUAUGUCUGCAUUAUGCUUGUUUUGUCAUGGAGUACAGCUGUAAUAUUUACAUGAUAUUUGUGCACACAUGAUGAAUAUAGGAACUUAAUAAAUUAUUGCAUUAAAAGUGUCCAAAGGAACUGCCCUGUAUAGAUUUUAAGGUCAUUUUCAUUUUUCAAGCUGGAAUCAUUCAAGACUAUUUCAAAAUAUUAUGUAUUUUUAUUA